AAUUAACUAAUAAUUUCUUUGUUGCUACUAUUUGGCCGCGUCCGCCAUUGAAAUGAGCUUCGAGCUUCUCGGCAUUUCUGAUUUCUGAAGAAGAAGAAAGGAACAGGAGUAUGAAACUCCUCAAUUAGGAAAAAUUAGACGCAAUGGCGAUAGAUGAAGACAUCACCGACCCUUCUGGGCCUUCUUCACUUCCACUACAUUUCCAUCAAAUAAAGACUUCUCUUUCCGCUUUCCUUUGCUGUAUCCCAACCUCUUUUCUUGUUUUCUUUCUCCUUGUCCUUAUGUUCUAUAGUGGUGCCAGCAAUUUGAGUGUCCAGGUUCGUAUUUCACCCCAAAUCCCUCUGGAAUCCGAUAGUUUCUCGCCUGAAAACGUACUCGAAAGAGCAGCACGAAACUUUUCUUCUUCUUCUAACAUAUCUGUAGUCAAGGAGGAAAUCCCACGUUCUAAAAUGAAGACCCAUUUGCCCCUUCGGCAGGAAUUGGAGUCAUCGGUGCUUCCAUUAAAUUCUUCUAAACCCCACAGGCCUAGAGCGUUCAAAAGGAGGAAGACCCAGUUCAUGAUUCUGCAGCCCACCGCCAUGUCGAUGCAAUUUUCCACGAGAGUAAAGAAAUUCUUUCACACCUCAUCUUUGAAUUCUUCCGCUUCUCCUUGCAAGGUUCGUUUUUUCAUGACUUGGAUUUCUUCUUCUUUGGAAUCAUUUGGUCCCAGAGAGUUGAUUAGCAUAGAGAGCCUUUUUAAGUCACACCCAAAUGCUUGUUUGCUCAUACUUUCGAAUUCCAUGGACUCGAGAAGAGGAGUUCCAAUGCUAAAACCAUUCUUGGAGAAAGGCUUCAGGGUGACUGCAAUUCCCCCCAAUUUCGAUUAUAUAUUCAAGAAUACUCCUGCAGAAGCUUGGUUCGAUCGGUUAAAGAAUGGAAAAAUUGAUCCUGGGCAGGUUUCUCUGGGUCAGAACUUAUCAAAUUUGCUUAGACUGGCUGUCCUGUACAAAUUUGGUGGCGUUUACAUCGACACUGAUGUUAUUAUCUUGAAGAGUUUCUCCAAUUUAAGAAAUGUCAUCGGAGCACAGACACUUAACCUUCAAACUGGAAACUGGAGUCGAUUGAAUAAUGCUGUUUUAAUAUUUGACAGAAAGCAUCCACUCCUCCUCAAAUUCAUAGAGGAAUUCGCACUCACCUUUGAUGGAAGUAAAUGGGGUCACAAUGGCCCUUACCUGGUUUCAAGGGUUGUUUCAAGAAUGACUGGACAACCAGGAUUUAACUUCACUGUUUUGCCUCCGCCGGCAUUUUAUCCAGUUGAAUGGAGUAGAGUACAGAGCCUUUUUCAAAGUUCUGAAGAUGAUGUACAUUCAAAAUGGGUAUCUGCAAAGCUUAGAUACAUUCGCAGGCAGAGCAUGGCAGUUCACCUGUGGAACAAACACAGUAGAAAGCUGAAGGUUGAAGAAGGUAGUGUCAUUGGUCAUAUAAUGUUGGAUUACUGCAUCUUCUGCAAUACCACAAGGUUAGCUUCAUAGGUGUUAAAGGAGAGGGAUGAGGCAAUGUGAUCGAUCUCGUCAACCCAUUUCUCUUCUCCCAUUAUUCUG